AGCUGCCCCCACAACAACCACAGGUUCCCUCAUAACAACCUCAGCUGCUGCUACGACGACAACAGCUGCAGCUAUAACAACCAUAACCGCUCCAACAACAACCACAGCUGCUCCCCUAACAACCACAGCUGGUCUCACAACAACCACAGUUGCUCCCACAACAACCACAAUUUCUCUCACAACGACCACAGCUGCUCCCACAACAACCACAGCUGCUCCCACAACUACCUUAGCUGUUCCUACAACAACCACAACUGCUCCAACAACAACCACAGUUGCUCCCACAACAACCACAAUUUCUCUCACAACGACCACAGCUGCUCCCACAACAACCACAGCUGCUCCCACAACUACCUUAGCUGUUCCUACAACAACCACAACUGCUCCAACAACAACCACAGCUGCUGCCAAAACAACCAUAGCUGCUCUCACAACAACCACAGCUGCCCCAACAACAACCACAGCUGCUCUGACCACAGUUACAACUGGUUCCUCAACUACUAUCAGAACACCUGCCCCUCCACCACCAGAGGUUAAGUUGGGCUUCAAAUUGGAGCAAAACUUCAAAGCAGAUUUGAAAAAUGUUUCUUCACCAGCGUUCAAAGAAUUAGCAAGUACUGUGGCUACAGCGCUGGACAGAGUUUAUCGAAACAAAUAUGGAUCCAGUUUUAAUUGCACAGAGGUUCUAGGUUUCAGUCAAGGUUCGGUUGUGGUAGAUGCUAAGCUGAUAUUUAACAAUGCCAGCUCAGUCCCUGAGUCCAGUGCAGUGGUUGAAACCUUGAUAGAGAAUGUCUCAAGCAACAGCUCUGAUUUCUCUCUCCCAGUGAACACAACUUCUAUCGUGGCAACAAGAGUCGUUUCAACCACAGCUACAACUACUACUUCUACUCCAGAUCCUCCAAUAUCAACACCAUAUACGGUCAUGAACGCAACUUCGGCCCCCUCAAACAGGUCAACUACAAAUAUGGUCGUCAAUGCAACAUCGGAUCCUGUGAACCUGUCAACAACACACAUUGUGCCCAAUGGAACAUCAGUGCCCAUAAAUGUGUUAACAUCAGCCCAAAGUUCUGUCAAUGUCACAUCAGGACCUGUAACACAAAGCAAUACAACUUCAACACUAUCAACUACAACCCCAUCUUUGUCAACUACCCCAAUAGUCAACACAACAGCUCCUUCAACUACCCCCAUAGUCAGCAUAACAGUUCCUCCAACUACUGCAGUAGUAAAAACAUCUCUAGCUCCAACCACUCCGAUAACCAAUUUGACCGAAGUACUAACUACCCCAUUACCAACUACGCUGGUAGCAACUACCCCAGUAACAACUACCCAAGUACCAACUACAACGGCAUCCCGUGCAACAGAGGCGCCACUGACCAGCCCACAACUGUCACUGAGGUUCAGCCUGACAUCUACCUUCAAUAGCUCUCUGAGCAACAGCACGUCACCAGAGUUCCUGGCUUUGGCAAAUCAUGUGACUACACAGCUGGAUAAUUUGUUCAAGGCUCUAUUUGGAGUCAGAUUCCUUCGAACUGUUGUCAAUAGUUUCAGGUCAGGGUCAAUUGUGGUGGAUUCUACGUUGAUAUUCAACAACAUCAGCUCAGUGCCUAACGAUAGCCUGGUAGCACAAACUUUACAAACUGCCAUUACUUCCAACACGUCUGGCCUGACCUUACCUAUCAAUUCAUCCUCCAUUGUGGUCACACGCGCUACUACAAUGACUAAUGCAACCACCACCACCGCUGUUCCGGCAGCAACCACCACCACCGCUGUUCCGGCAGCAACCACCACCACCGCUGUUCCGGCAGCAACCACCACCACUGCUAUUCCGGCAGCAACCACCACCACCACCUCUGUUCCGGCAGCAACCACCACCACCGCUGGUCCGGCAGCAACCACCACCACCGCUGGUCCGGCAGCAACCACCACCACCGCUGUUCCGGCAGCAACCACCACCACUGCAGUCGCACUAACUAACCCUCCAUCCUCUAGUGAAGGAACCCUGAUUCUUCGGUUCAGUCUCGAUGAGAUAUUCACCUCGGAUCUUGCCAACCCGUCCUCUUCAGCAUUCAAGGCUCUGGCUGGCAAAGUGGUCUCAGAGGUGAACAAGAUUUUUGCUAGAACCCCAAGCUUCCUUCGUUCCAUUGUCAACUCAUUCAAGAGUGGAUCUGUAGUUACCAACAUGACUCUCGUGUUCAGUAACAAAUCUUCGGUUCCCAGCGCAUGCAGCGCACAGGCAACUUUCACCAUCAGUUCCACCUCCCUGAACAUCCUACCGGGCAGCGUCAAUGUUGAGUCAUCAGUCAAUUCAGGAAGUGCUCCCCGACCCACUGCCUUCUGUCUGGCUUUCUUGCCUCUCACUUUGGCACUGCUAAUGGUACAGUUGCUGGCUAACUAAUAGCCUGUGUCAUAGCUCCUAUGGCAUUUUUUUCACCAAUGAACGGUUUUCCAGCUCUCAUAGAGACAGCCUUAUGAUUAAGGACCUGCUUUGGCAGAAGAAUGCACAAUGGAUUGUGCCUGUGUUAAUAGGCAAAACAUAUAUGUAUUUCAUGUACAUUCCCCCAAGUACAUACACAAACAAAAACACACCUAAGUGUACCUUUUGAUGUCAAGUAUGAUAUUUUUGACAUUCCUUAAAGAAAUCAUAUAGUUUUUUUUCUGCUUAUGAAUAUUAAAUGCAUAUACCUUUUCUUUCAAGUGACUGUAUUUAUACUUAACCAUAUAGGCUCCAAAGACAUUACUUAUUUAUUUGUAUCUUGCACACAGCAGCUUGCACAUGUUUUAUCUGUUAGAUUAAUAUGGAAAAUAACUGAAAGAUUAGAAAACCUUUCCUACAACUUGUGACAUCCAAAUCCUAUUGUAUACUUUUUUUUAUUGUGCUAUUUGAUCAUAGUUGCAUUUUUAGUUAUUAACUGAUUGUAACUACUUUAUAUCUGUUUUUAAAUUCACCAAGACCAAAUACCAAAUACCUUCAUAAUAUUUACUUUUAGUUAUUUUGGGCAAAUCACUGAAGUGUGUCAAAGGGGCCGAUGAAGUAAUGCUGAGCACUGCACUGUUUUAAAAACAUUGUAACUUCUUAUCGUGUUAAUAUUCAAUCCAAUAUGUAAAACACGUAGAAGUACAUGUUCUUCAUUACUGUUUUAAUAUAAUUCUUUUUUUGGGUCAUGUAA